AUGGGACACUCCAAGCCAGGUACUCUUGUCCUGCCUGCCGUUUACACGAACCAAGGGAAACUCCAUCGACUCAGUUUUGACUAUGGCGUCGGAAAAUAUCUACAAGUUGAUCUAGACGUGUCUAGGCUGAAUGAAAUCCAUAACCACCUCUGGAUGGUCGGGAAGCCGAUGCCUGGACGACCGCUACAUCAACAUCUUGUGUACGGUCGGAAGAUUGUGUGUGCUGAGCAGGCAGACCUUCACCUGCUUUGGGAUGACUAUCGGCUGUUUGUGAAGCCUUGCGCAGACUAUUUAUUGUCGUUCGACUUUUGGGAGCGAUAUCUGGGCGGCGGCGAUGACAGCUUAUGGGCUAUUGCUGCUGGUAUGGUCCAGUCAUAUACAUGGCUGAUCCAGGACAAGUCCGACUGGAAGAUCGCGCAGGCAGAGGGUAUUCUUUCAGACUCCAUCACCUGGGAACGCUGGACGGCCUUCGUCUCUUCCUUCACCGACCAUCUUGAAGCACAAGAUCUCGAUGUCAAUCCACGCUUUAAGUACGGCAACCUUCGGCUCCCACGGAUCCAAUGGAUAUGGCGAUUCCGUUCUCAUACUGGUGGUGUACACGCAUUCGUCAAUGGAUAUCUGAACCCAUACUCUAGUUACCGUCAUUUCUUCAAUCAGAUGGUGGCGCCCAUCACGGUGGCAACGGUUUAUUUUGCGCUUAUCUUGGCCGCGAUGCAGGUCGGGCUGGCCACGACGAUGCUGCAAGAGAGUGACGCAUUCCAGAGCGCGUCCAUGUGCUUUACUGUGUUGGCUAUUGUUGGACCGAUCGCAGUGGUUGUAGUUCUGGUGGCCGGGGUCAUGGGUUACGUAUUCAUGUGGAACCUGUGUCACGCGGUGAGGUUAAGGAGGAUGGAAAAGUUGGAAUCCAAGAUGUUAGGUAAACAGGAAGUGUAA